UCGUGGUCGUUGACUGUCAUCGUUGGUCAUUAUCGUUAGUCAUUGUCAUCGACAAGAAUCGCGGUCGUUGCUGUGCGUCGCUGGCUGUCAUUGCCGUCGACAGAGUGCACGCAGGCGAGGCAGGCGACACGGAAGUGGGCCUUAAUCGGGCCGGAACUGGCCGGAACUGGCCGGAACUCGGCAUGGCUUUAGGAGUGUUUCGAGUGAUGCUGCUGCCCGCGAGACUCGCCCGCUGAGGAGCAAACUUGUGGCCCUGGAAAUCUGGAACGAGUUCGAGAAAUGGCUUCGCUCUCCCUACCUCGGGUCCUGCAGCAGAGGAAGACCAGUUUAGACCUCGAGCGCGAGCAUUUCGAAAAAUUCCAGAGCAUCAGCAUUGGGAAAGCGAUAAAUCCCACCGAGACUCCCGUCAAAGAGAAACAUGUACGCAGUGCAAUCAUUGGGACGUUUCAAGAAAAGAGCGGUUCCAUCUUUUGGAUGUUCAUACUCCGACAGCCACUCCAGGAGAAUCGCAUCGUAGCUUGGAAGUUCUGCCAUGUGUUGCACAAGGUGCUUCGAGAGGGUCACCCACGAGUCAUACCUGACUCUCAACGACACCGAGGGAAGUUGGAGGAUAUCGGAAAGUUAUGGCAACACUUGCGCGAGGGCUACGGACGCUUGAUUCACCUCUACAUUCGCCUGUUGAUCACAAAGUUGGAUUUCCACAAGCGCAAUCCUCGCUUACCAGGGAAUUUGCAAGUAACAGCCGAAGAAUUGGAGGCGAUCGGCGAGAACGACAUUAACGUGUACUUUCAGAUGACCGUGGAGAUGUUCGACUAUAUGGACGAUAUCCUCAACUUGCAGCGAGCAGUGUUCGGCUCCUUGGACUUAUCCCGCUCCAAUUCGAUGACGCCGUGUGGACAAUGUCGACUAGCCCCUCUUAUUCCUUGCAUCCAGGACGCUUCGCAACUCUACGAUUACUGCGUGAAGAUGCUCUUCAAGCUCCACGGUGCCCUUCCGGCAGACACGCUCGCCGGACAUCGCGACCGCUUUUUCAAGCAGUUUCAGGAACUGAAGGGCUUCUACAAUACGGUCAAGCACAUGCAAUACUUCAAGCACCUCAUUACCAUUCCAUCGCUGCCGGAAAAUCCGCCGAAUUUCCUGAUCCAGUCCGAGCUUCGGACGUACGUCACACCUGUUGUGGUUCUCCCACCGGAGGAAUCGGUUGACAGCGAAACCGUGGUUGACAGCCUUAUUGACACCUCCGAUUCCAUCUCGCUCCAGGGAGAUCAUUUGGACUCUGUUGGAAACGGUUCCAUCUCUCCAGACGUUUUAGCAGAAAGGGACAGUCUCAUCGAUCACUUGCACCAGGAGAAUGGGAGGCAGAGACAGGAACUUCAACGUUUGCGCAUUGAGCACUAUCAGAUCGUGGAGGAACUCAAAAAUCGAGUUUUACAGUUGGAAUCGGCUCUCUCUGCUAAAGGUAGCGAAAUCGUUCAAGAGAAGCAACUGACGAAGGAAUUGAUGAAGCACAAGGCGGACUUGAUAGCUAAGUUCCACGAAAGCCAAGAAAAGAACAAGACCAUAGAAGAGAAGUUCCACAAGCUGAAGGAGGUGUAUUCGAAGCUUCGAGAGGAACAUAUCGACUUGAUCAGAAAGAAAGCCGACGUCGACAAACAAUUGGGUGGUAUCAAGAUCGUUCAGGAGCAGGCGGAGAGAAGGACUCAAGAGGCGGAGCAACGUCUUCAGGAACUCGUUCAGGGCCAGACAACCGCCGAGCAGGAGGCGCAAAGGGUUGCCCAGGCUCGUGCCGACCUGGAUGACGUGCGGAAACAAUUCGACGAGUCUAAAACCGAGAAUCUGGCCCUGAUCGCCAAGAUCGACUUCGUCGCCUCGGAAAAAGCCGCCGUGGAGGGUGAUCUCCACGACCUGCUGGCCCAGAAGGAGGAGCUCGAUGUUAAGAUCGGAGAACUCGAGGCGGAGAUCGCGCGGUCGCGAAUCCAGCUGAAGACCGAUGCCGAAGCUAUGCUCUACGAAUUGUUGCUGAACUGUAUCUCCGAGGCGGAAAAUGUCCUUCAGGACUCAAUGCAGAGAAUCGACAAUCCCGCGAUAUCGGCCGUGACGUGCACUCCGGAUUACCUCGGAAGCCUCGUCGAGCAGACGCUGAAAACCGCCGAGGAUCUCGACAGCGCUUACAAAAAUUACGUGGCGGAUCCUUCGCAAAGAGGCCCCCUGAUUCGCACGACCAUUCGCACUGCGUAUGCUUUGGCUGUUUACCUAAUUCACGCUAAAUCGACAUCGAACACGGCGACGGACAUCGCCUUUGGCGAUAGACUGGCAGACGAGUGCAAACAAUUGGGAUCGCAAGGACUGAUUAUGCUCAGCUACGUGAAGGAGAAGUCGCCUCUGGCCAGCGAGCAGAUCGCUAGCGUGAAAAACCAAGUGAAGAAGAUUUCCUUGCUGGUCGACUCACUCUCUAGUGGUCAAGGCAACAUCGAGUCCAUCGGAGACCUCGUGGAGAAUGAGCUCUCCGGCAUGGAUGCUGCGAUAGAAGAGGCCGCCAAUAGGAUACAGGACAUGCUCAAAAAAUCUCGAGUAGCCGACUCCGGCUUGAAACUGGAGGUUAAUGGGAAGAUCCUGGACUCCUGCACGGAGCUGAUGAGGUGCAUCAGAUUGCUCGUCAAGCGGUCCAGAUCGCUGCAGACCGAGAUCGUGGCACAAGGAAAGGGCACCGCCUCCGCUACGGAGUUCUACAAGAGGAAUCACCAGUGGUCCGAAGGCCUUAUUUCCGCAGCCAAGGCAAUCGCCAUGGGAGCGAACUUCUUACUGGAGGCCGCCGACAAAGUCGUAACAGGAGGCGGGAAGUUCGAGCAGCUCGUGGUCGCGUCUCAAGGAAUCGCCGCGUCGACGGCCCAGCUAGUCGUGGCCAGUCGGGUGAAGGCUAAUCGCAACAGCGAGAACUUGUCGGCGCUUUCGGAGGCCUCCAGGGAGGUUACCCGGGCCACGGGAAACGUCGUCGCUACUGCAAAGAGUUGCGGCCAACUUGUCGAAGAAAACGAGGAUCUGGACAUAUCCGGACUCAGUCUGCACCAGGCCAAACGACUGGAGAUGGAGGCGCAGGUUCGCAUCUUGGAGCUGGAGCAAUCUCUUGAAACGGAGAGAUUACGUCUUUCGGCGUUGCGCCGCUAUCACUACCAAAUGGUCGACGAUAACGAGAAGUAGAGGAAGGAGCAGCGAGUAGAGGGAGAGAUCGUCGCGCUGCUGUAGAUAGCAACGAGUCAAAGGAGAUUCAUCGUAAUGACCACACGUUACCACAGAAUUCAACGAAUUGCAGUUCCGGCACGAAGCCGCUAUUUGAUACGCCGUUUACACUUAGAUAUCCAGAGCUCGAGUUCUCAAGGGAAUCGACGAAUCGUCCUUGCUACCCGACCAAGCACUCCACCGGAAGAUAUAUCAAUGCGUCCUAAGUUAUCGCAAACGUCGAUUGUUUAAAAAUCGACCCCGUUAACACAGCUCAGGCUCCAAUGCCGUUAUUCAUCACGCUACGGUCACUGUCGAAUGGGCUGCAAUUUGGGUCGCAAUUGCGAGUAUUCAUCUACAAAGAAAAAUCAAGUUUAAGGGGAUGCGAAAGUAGCAUACGAUGGGUCAGUCGUUCAUGAAACUUUUCGCCGAACUGGGUACACCGAAUGGGGUGAAACUUUACAACGUGAAUA